UAAAUCGUUAAUGCAGCCGUUGUGCUUUUUAUUAAAAAUAAAAAUAGUAAUAUAUUAUUUAUCUGCAUGCUUUUUGUCGUGUUAAGUUUCAACUGUGACCACGGUGCAUGCAUCUCUUUGAAUAAACCAAUGACGGAGUACGGCGCGAACGCACCAGCCAAUAGAAACGAUGGAUAGUAAAUGAGCAGUUAUGCGGCGCACGGUCGGGACGCCGAGUGGCGCGCUGCUCGCAGUACCGCGACAACCCUCGAGCUAAAAGCAUCGUGUCGAUGCUGUCGGUGACCCGUGCGUGAAUCGUGUCGUGAAACGUGAGAACCUCCUUCCCCUUUUCGUUCUCGUGAUCCGACCAAAUUCGUACGCAGUGCUGUGGCAGUGCGUCGCUCCUUUUUAUCUUUCACUGUCUCUCUCCACCUUUCGUUGUCGCACGUCGAAAACUUGCGUGAAAUUGCGGUAGACGCUCGCGCCAUUACGUGUCCCCCCGUACCUCGUUCGUUCUUCGACGAAAACAAUUACAUUUACGGGUAUUCUUUACGAAUUUUGAGCACGAGUUUUUCUCGCGAUGUCUGUGAGUGAUAUGUGAAUUGUGUUCUCAUCGUUCUUCCCGACUGACAUUGUUCAUCCUUCUCGGAGGGAGGGAAGGAGUGACAAGCCGAAUUAUCAAGCAUCGCGAAUAAGAUGCUUCACGGGACGUGGUUGCAGUGGUCGACGCUGCUGUUGUUGUUGCUGGGUACGCGGCUACUCUUGGUGGUCGCUCAAUGUGGAUCGUUCACUCAGGAUAGACAGGAGAAAGAGGACAAACAGGAUAAGCUGGCGCUAUACAAAGUCACUUUAAGGACUUACUGGUCGAGGGCGCGAUUUCCACGACAUUAUCCGGAAUGGAAGCCACCGGCCCAGUUCGGCAAGCUGAUCGGUCGAACGCACGACUCCGCCUACACUUUGUACAGACUGGGGGAAAGAUUGUCGAGCGGUGUGAGAUUGUACGUGGAGACCGGAAGGACAGACGGGAUGGACGCGGACGGUGACUCGCCCAGCACCCUCCACUCGUUCACGGGGCCGCCCGUGCCCCAGGGGGAGGGGACGAGCGUGGCGCGGGCCUUCCUCGACGGCAAUCACACCCUGAUAAGCAUCAUGGCACGCAUCAACCCCAGCCCGGAUUGGUUCGUCGGCCUCGAUUCCUUCCAACUGUGCGUGGAGGGUAACUGGGUCGAUACCGUGACCGUCGAGCUGGAUCCGCUGGACGGUGGAACCGAUAACGGGUUCACAUUCACCGCUGCCAACUGGCCGACCCAACCCCAAGGAAUCGCCUACAGGAUCACGUCGCGGUAUCCGGCGCAUCCCGCGGGAAGCUUCUAUUAUCCCAAUCUACCUCGCCUCCCGCCCAUAGCCACCCUCACCUUCACCAAGCUACGCGAGUACACGUUGACGGAAACGUAUCACGAGGACGACGUCGAGGUGGAAUUCGUCAGCAACGACAAUCUGCUUGCCAGCAAUCCGACUCCUAGAGGGAUCGAUCCGAACAGGGACCUGAACGAGGCCAUCGCCGAGGAACGGAGGGAAAUGGACACUCAGAGAUACAGGUACUGGACGACGACGGGAAACGGUCAAAUGGUGACCGAGGUUCCACGAGACAACAAGGCAGCGAUCAUGGACAGCAUCGCCUCGUCGUACGCGUUGCAGAGGCCGAGAUUCGCGGCGACAACCCCCCCAAAGUUCGUGAAACUCGAGGGUAAGGGCGGUGGGUGGCCUUAUUACCAGAAGUACAGGCAGGCGGAGGCACAAAAGGCGCAAAUCUUCGAGGACAUCCAAAGGAAAAUGGCGAACGCGACGAGCGGGAACAGCAUAGGCGUCCAUUCGUGGAAUUCGACCGACAUCGCGGGCCAACGCCAGCACAGGCUCAGGAUGAAACAUCAUCGACUGACGUCCAAGGGGAAGCGGUUGAGGACGCGUCCGCCGAGGGAUUGCAAGGUGGGAGAAUGGGGCCCGUGGAGCGCGUGCAGUCGUAGCUGCGGGGUAGGUGAGACGCAGAGGACGCGGAAGAUCACGAUAAAGCCGCGGCGUGGCGGGUCGUCGUGUCCACCCCUGAAAGAGACCAAGUGGUGCGGCAGCGCGAGCCCCUGCACCGACGGCAAAUCCAUCCUGGACAGCUAUCAAUGGUAGUCGUGGUGAAACGAUCCCGCCAACGACGUACACGUCGACUCGAGAUGAUUUGCCCCGAACGAUCUGGAAGAAGUGGAGGAGGAUUGAGAGGGGGAGGGGGGGCCCUGCCUGGGUCUCGGCCUGGGGGAUACCUAGGCGAACACGGGCGGAUCGUUACCAGUGGCCCGCUGGAUUGCGUCAAUAAAACGUCUAUCGUAGUCGUAGCGCCAAAGAUUUCGCGGGGGUGGAGACGCGUCGAUAUCGUCCGUCGACGAUCGAUCGAGAAUUGGAUUAUUCGUUACCCGUCGUGUUUCACAGUUUUUCCUUCGUUGUUACUCGUAUCGUUGAUUGUUCCUCUCUCCUUGAGCCUGGAGAUAAUUUUUGUGCCGAUGAAUUGCGAUCUUUUUUCUUUUUUAAGCUUUUUUUAAGCAAGGUGAGAAGUUGGAUUUUUCAGAAAAGAAAAAAUAUCGCGCUGAAGAUUGAGUCGAGUAAUUCUCUGCGACCUCGUUCGUGAUCAUUGAGAUCGAAUUGAGAGCGAUUUAGGAAAGUAUUUGAACAUUUUUUCUUUUUUUAAGGAAAAUCGGAGAACUUUUUACAAUAUCUAAUUUUAUUAGAUUGCGAAUUUUUAUGAAAAUACGUAUUUUUCGUAUAUAACGAAAUUACCGACGUUCUGCAAAAUACUACUAAUAUUUCGCCCAUUAAUUUUAUCAAUUUUAUCAAUAUUCUGCUCAAAAAUCCGCAGUCUACCACCAAUGAUAUAUUCCCUAAAAAAUUCCCUAUAAAUUGAUAACACCCCUAGAAAAAGCUUUUCCUCUAACGACCGUUCAAACGCUUUCCCUGGUCACUGUACAUAUUUCCCGCGUGAAACGUUCUUUCGACGAGAGGAAAGCACGAGUCGAGUGUAAAAACGAACGAGGGAUCGUUGGGGGAUCGUAGAAUGCCGCUUUUCAACGGUCCUCGAUCGAUCGCCAAUCGACAUUUCUCCUUGCGCGAUAUUUCUUUAUGUACCGACCGAGCAGCAAACUCUCGUAUCGUCCGCCGAUCCAGCUUCCACCCUCUCCCUUCCACCUCGAGUUAGCGCUUACGGACAGGUCCGCGAGUGUUGCAUUGGCGCACCAUCCUCUCCCCUUGCGCAACUUGGACACCGUGGAAAAGAGGGGACGAAGAGGAGGAACGAACAUUUUCCCCUGUUUAUUCAUCGGCUCGAACGAUCGGAGACUACUUUGUCGCGAAGAGUACGGGAAUUCAGUUCACGGAUUAUCCAGCUAGGAAUAAAGCGAAUUUCCGAACGAACAGGGAUCCGCUGGAGAACUCGAGAUACGAGCGUCCCAGUUCUCGCAGGAGAAAAAAAAGGAAGGGAAGAGGAAGGGAAAAUUAAGGAGGAAGGAAGUGGAAGAGAGUUUUGCCGAAGGUUGGAAAAAUUGCCGACAAUUCCCCGGAGCCGAGGCGUUGAACGCAAUUAGCCGGCGACCGGUCGGUUGCACGAGGGAAGCACCUCGUCUCGACGAGCGUGUGCGCGUGUGCGUGUGUGUGCAUGGACGAGUUUACGUGCGUGUAUAUGUGUACGUGUGACGAAUGAAGAAAGGGAGAGCGGAUGAGAAAGUUUGGUCCGUGGAAAAUCCAACGGGUGGUUCGCGUGUCGAUCGACGGUCUUAAGGAGGCUUAAGUCGCCGUUUCCCUGGAUAUCCUUUCAUCCGCAACUAGCUUUGCAUUUCUUCGUGACUCGUGUCCCGGGGCACGCGUGUUUUCGAGCUGAGAAAGUUUAUUGAUUCUUGCUAGUACGCCCAGUGUGCUGUAAGUUCGGGGCGAGGAAUUACACGUUUUUUUCUUUUCUUUUUUUUAGAUGAGAGAAAGAGAGAGGGGAGGAGAAGGAGGAGGAACUUUGCUAAAAAACGUGAGCGGUCGAAAUCGAUGGUUAGAAUCGCCGAAUUUAUAGACACGGGUGUACGCUGCUUCUACGGUUCUAUUAACCUUUUAACCGAGUGCACUCCUCGUUCGAGUGGUGUUCGUUCGUUUUUUUAUUCGAAGAAUUUAUCGAUCCGGCGGCCUCCUUUCCCACGUUUCCACGUGGAUAGAAAUUCCGUGAAAAUUUGAGGAUAACUCUGAAGAAUUGUUAGUUGAGAGUUAUUUUUCGCCGGACAUUGCGUUGAGAAUGAGAAUUACUCCGAAAGAAAUAUCUUCAUUUGCGAAAAAUUGUCUCUCGAGAUUCUUGAGAAUUUUAUUCUCGAGUAAUAUAUAGAUAUAUAUAUUCGUCGUAUUUCGUUAUUAAUUUAACUCGAUUGUUCAUAGUUGUUAUGUACAAUAGUUGCACGGUUAAAGGGUUAAAAAGUGUUCCCCCUAAGAAAUCAAUAUCGACGCAGGAAAGAGAUGCCCGUCCCACCCCUGUCGAAUCCACAAGUGAGAUCCACGCAAAGUGGAAAGAGGAAGAACAAAGAAAAAGAGAUUUCGAGAAAAAGAAGAUUUCGAUUUUCCCGCGAAAUGAUCUUUCCGUUCGCGUCAAGUGCUAACCCGUUCUCGUGUGGCGUAUAAUAAGAGGAAUUUUUACAAAGACUAAGAGAGAGAGAGAGAGAGAAAGAGAGAGAGAAAGAGAAACAAAAGAAAAUAAAAAGAAAGAUAUCAUCAGGUACGUCUUAGGUGAGUGUAUUAUAUCUUUAGGCGUAAAUUUAACGAUAAUAAUUAACAACUAACGUUUAAUCGUAAUUCAUUAAUUAAUAGGCUCUUGGUUAUUAAUGGCGCCCGUGAAAGGGUGUGCGCAACGGCUUGUCCUCCUCGCGUAUAUUGUAAUGUAAUGUUUAAUCUAACGAGCAACGCUGCAAUUAUGCGGCGCAUUGUCCGUCGAGGGACAUGCUCGUCGUGCGUGGUCAAGUAUCGUUUCGAGUAAUUAAGGACGAUCAAAGGCGGGGUGGGAAAAAAAAGGGUUCGUUUCGGCCCGAGGAGGUGCGCUCGUUCGCAAUUUUUUUGAUCCAGUUGUUUGAGCAACGCGAAUUCUCAAAUUCCUAGGAGAAAUCGUUUCGAUUAAUUGAUUAGAAUUUAAAAAAGAAAGAAAGAAAGGAAGGAAGAAAGAAGAAGAAAAAUGGCGGGAAGAGAAAAAUCAAUAUAGAGAGAGUACAAAAAAAGAAAAAGAAAAGAAACAGUGUCGAGAUUUUGUAGCAAAGUUCGACUACGGACGGUGUUACGAUUCGCGAAAUAAAUAGAGGGAAAACAUUUUCGCGAGCUUAAUCCACGGAACGAGAAAGUUGUUCGGUGGAUCGUGAAAUUUCUCGCGGUACAAUGCGUGCCGAUAGAAACACCGUUGAAAGAGAGAGAGAGAGAGUGGAGGGCCUUUUCAUUUCAAACCUGUGAAAGAAGAAGAAGAAGAAGAAGAAGGACCAAGCCGUCGCAGUUUUAGCAGCAUUAAGGAUGAACGUUUUAUAAACUAAACGCUCGAGGGGACGCUUUCUUAACGAAAGUUUUCAACGACAAGGGAGGAGAGAAGGAGCAGUUGUACUUUGCCUAAGAAAUAAAAGCGCGAGAUAACAAGAGAGGAGGAUGUUACCAAAGAGACGCCCGUAUAAACGUGUAUCUUAUCCUUUCCCACUGUGUUUCCUUCCUUCCUUCCUUCCUUCCAAACCCCUCUUACGUUUCCCUUGAAAAACUUUCCCCCUGAAUCUUUCGAUUCGAAGCUAUACUUAAUUACGACGUACUUCGUGUCCUAUCUCCCUUCCUCCUCUCUCGAAACACACGAAUACGCUUCUUCCUCUCUUUCUCUCUUCUCCCUGAACGGUUCACGGAAGACAAUGACAAAUCAAUAAGAGGGAGCGACUAAGGUAAGGAAAGGAGGAUGAUUCUGUACAAGUCACUGUGCAUUCUAGCCUCUAAGGAUCUAGCCGAUAGGAUUAGCCGUUAAGCAAGGGGGAAAAAAAACAUGUAGCAAUGUAUAACACAUAAGUUUAUAUUACAUAAUAAAAUCUGUCGAUAAAAUCCGUUCGAACGAUAUUUUUCACUUGUGACGUAUGAUGAAUGGUAUUCGUAUUCGUAAUAAAGUAGCUACUAUUUCAGGAA